GGAAGCGGCGCCGCCAUGGAGGAGGACGAGCCGGAGCUGGAGGCCGGGCUGGAGGCGGCGCUGGAGCUGGCGCCCGCCGUGCAGGCCGCCAUCGAGCAGGUAUUUCCCAGCCAAGAUCCGUUGGACAGAGCAGAUUUCAAUGCUGUGGAGUAUAUUAAUGCUCUCUUUCCCACUGAGCAAUCUUUGGCAAACAUUGAUGAAGUCGUGAACAAGAUCAGGUUGAAAAUAAGGAGGUUGGAUGACAACAUCAGAACUGUGGUGAGGGGCCAGACCAACGUGGGACAGGAUGGCAGGCAGGCCCUGGAAGAAGCCCAGAAAGCCAUUCAACAGCUCUUUGGUAAAAUUAAGGAUAUUAAAGACAAGGCUGAAAAAUCUGAACAAAUGGUGAAGGAAAUCACCAGGGACAUCAAGCAGCUGGACCACGCCAAGCGUCACCUGACCACCUCCAUCACCACCCUCAACCACCUGCACAUGCUGGCAGGGGGGGUGGAUUCUCUGGAGGCUAUGACCAGGAGGAGACAAUAUGGGGAGGUUGCCAACCUUCUGCAAGGCGUGGUGAAUGUGUUGGAGCACUUCAACAAAUACAUGGGGAUCCCUCAGAUUCGACAGCUCUCUGAAAGGGUGAAGGCAGCACAGAACGAGUUGGGGCAGCAGAUCCUGGCUGACUUCGAGGAGGCCUUUCCUUCCCAAGGUACAAAGAGGACUGGUGGGCCCAGCAAUGUCCUACGUGAUGCCUGCCUGGUAGCCAACGUCCUGGACCCCAGGAUCAAACAGGAAAUCAUCAAGAAAUUCAUUAAACAACACCUCUCCGAGUAUCUGGUCCUUUUCCAGGAAAAUCAAGAUGUGGCCUGGCUGGACAAGAUUGACCGGCGCUACGCCUGGAUCAAGAGGCAGCUGGUGGAUUAUGAGGAGAAGUACGGGCGCAUGUUCCCCGCAGAGUGGUGCAUGACGGAGCGCAUCGCCGUGGACUUCUGCCACAUCACCAGGGCAGAGCUCUCCAAGAUCAUGCGCACCAGGGCCAAGGAGAUUGAGGUGAAAUUGCUUCUGUUUGCAAUUCAGAGAACAACCAACUUUGAGGGGCUCCUGGCCAAGCGCUUCUCAGGCUGCACCCUUGCUGAUGGCACAGGGCAGAAGAAGCCAGAGGUGCCACCUCCCUCCACCAACCCCUUUCUGGAAGAUGAAACUGGGGCAGAGACAGAUGAGAUUGUGAUGGAGAAAAGUGAUACAGACAAACCAAAGAAGCCAAAGGUCCCUGACAAUCCUUUCCAUGGCAUUGUUUCCAAGUGCUUUGAGCCUCACCUUUAUGUGUACAUUGAGUCCCAGGACAAGAAUCUGGGAGAGCUGAUUGACAGAUUUGUGGCUGACUUCAAGGCUCAGGGUCCCCCCAAGCCCAACGUGGAUGAAGGGGGAGCUGUGCUGCCCAGCUGUGCCGACCUCUUUGUGUACUACAAGAAGUGCAUGGUGCAGUGCUCCCAGCUCAGCACUGGGGAGCCCAUGAUAGCCCUGACCACCAUCUUCCAGAAGUACCUGAGGGAAUACGCCUGGAAAAUCCUCUCUGGAAACCUGCCCAAGACAACCAGCAGCAGUGGUGGGCUCACCAUCACAAGCUUGCUGAAAGAAAAGGAAGGCUCUGAAGUGGCCAAGUUUACUUUAGAAGAGCUCUGCCUCAUUUGCAGCAUCCUGAGCACUGCAGAAUAUUGCCUGGCCACCACCCAGCAGUUGGAAGAGAAGCUCAAAGAAAAAGUGGACACAAGCCUAAUGGAGAGAAUCAACCUGACAGGAGAGAUGGACACUUUCAGCAUUGUGAUCUCCAACAGCAUCCAGCUGUUAGUGCAGGACCUGGAUGCAGCCUGUGACCCUGCCCUGACUGCCAUGAGCAAGAUGCAGUGGCAGAAUGUGGAACAUGUUGGUGACCAGAGUCCUUAUGUCACCUCAGUGAUCCUGCACAUCAAGCAGAAUGUCCCCAUCAUCCGUGACAACCUGGCCUCCACCAGGAAGUAUUUCACUCAGUUCUGCAUCAAAUUUGCAAACUCCUUCAUUCCCAAGUUCAUUAACCAUCUCUUCAAGUGCAAACCUAUCAGCAUGGUGGGUGCAGAACAGCUGCUGCUGGACACUCACUCUCUGAAGAUGGUUCUGCUGGAUCUGCCCUCCAUUGGGUCCCAAGUGGUGAGGAAGGCUCCUGCCAGCUACACAAAGAUAGUGGUGAAAGGCAUGACUCGGGCUGAAAUGAUCCUGAAGGUGGUGAUGGCUCCACACGAGCCCCCAGUUGUGUUUGUGGACAAUUACAUCAAGCUCCUCGCUGACUGCAGCACUGACACAUUCCAGAAAAUCCUCGACAUGAAGGGCCUGAAGAGGAGCGAGCAGAGCAGCAUGCUGGACCUGUUCCGCCUGCGCCUCCCCUCUCCUCCCCCCGGCGGCGACGGCUCCGGCUCGCUCUCGCUGAGCACUCCCACGCCCGAGCAGGAAUCCUCCCGCAUCCGCAAGCUGGAGAAGCUCAUCAAGAAGAGGCUCUGAGGGAGCACGGGGGAGCUCCCUGCCCCGGGGCUGCUGAGCUGGGCAGGUUGUGAUUUACACCCUGUGCUGUCCCUCCCAGCCCCCCGUGAUCUCUCAGCCAUCGGCGCUUUCAGACCGAGGAGGAGGAAUCUGAGCAAGGUGUUUGCCCUCAGCUUAGCAGGAGUGAAACCCAGGGCAUUGCCAGGUCCGUGUGGUGGAGGGAAUAGAGGCACCUGGAAUUCAUCAGUACAGAAAGCAUUCAGGUGGAUUCAGAGCCUGUCUGGCUGUGAUGCACUUGGGGUCACAGCUUUUACCCUGGCUGAGCUCCUGCUGCAGCACUGAGGGUUUUGCCUCAGUUCUGUGUUAGCGCUCACUCCCUGCUGCAGGGCUGUUCCUCUGAUUCAUUAUUUAUUCUGGGGUGGGGGGAACCAACCCCAUCACCACCAUGAAAACCCCAACCCUCUGUCAGCUGGGAUCCAGGCACCUGCAGCUCCACUGGAUCAAUGAGAUGCCCAGGAGGGAACCCCAGGGCAGAUUUCUCCCCUGCUCCCAGGACAGGCAUGCACAAAGCACCAUGAAACAGAAAGGCAAAUCCUUGGCACCUCUGCUGGCCUGCAGGGAGAGGUGCUGGCUCUGUCAGGGAGCCAGGGCCACUUGGUGCCACAGGAGGCUUUCAGCAGCCUCAGGCUUCAAGGCCCUCCUCCUCCUCCUGUUCCUCUGAGCCUCAGCUUGCAGCACUGCAGAGGGGAGGAGAAGCAGCAGUGAAAUGUUUUGGAUAACCCAGCCCCUCUUCCCAUGGGCCAGCUCCUGGCUCCCAGGCACAGAGCCAGCGUGGAGCAGGGCUGGGAUCAGUGGAUGCUUCUCCAAGGAGUCUCCAUGCACUGAGGCCUCACCUUUUAUUAGCACUGCUGGAUUUCUUCCCAAACUCCUCUGUGCCCUUUCUGGGAGACUUUGAAGGCGUAUCCCCAACCAUGAGUGCAUCCCAAAUGGAUGUAGGGCAGAUCAACCAGUCGUGCCUGUGUUAUUUAACCCAAGCUUCACUUGCAUGUGCAGGAAAGGGAAAUCCUUUACCAGUGUGGCAGGUGAGGAACAACCACGCUGUCAGAUGCCUUCCUGGGAGGGUUGUGCUCCCCACCAGGGCAAGUUUGGGCCUUAGGACUGUAUUUAUUUAGGGGCUGUACUCACAGGGAUUGUAAAAAUCACUGCUGCACAUCAGGGAGGGCAGAUCAGGCUCCAGGAACAUAAGCUCCAGAGCUUUGCUGAGAUGGGGAGUAAAGAGCAGCAAUAACAACGCCUGUGGGGAGGGACAGCAGUUUCUCAUCACUCCAGAUUUACAAAUCUGCUGUUGCCUCCUGAUUCCCUGUUAGGUGACAGAGGAAGGAAUGGUUGAAAGCACAUUGGGAUUCUGAGCAGCCAUUCCCCAAGGACAGAUUAUCUCAAGGUGCAUGUGCAGGAUGGCCAAUGAGUUGCCACACUGCAGAGCUGGAGAGGAGGGAACAUAGGUUUGCAGAGAUUCAUUAUUCCCAUGAGGGGAUGAAUAAUUUAUUUUAGAUGAAUUUUUCUUUGCUUUGUCUAAGGCUAAGUCUCUCACUAAAUUAUGAAUAGCUGAAGAUGAUGUUGAAGUUAUCAUUGUGUGUCUUACCCAAAGGCUUUCCCCAUUUCAUUCUCUGCAUUUCAUUCUGUAGAUAAGAGGAAAUAAAAUGAGAAAUGAAUUUUUAGUUUCAGCCUUUGAAGAACGCUACAGGGCUGAGUGUUUGGAGUUCCAUUUUCAGAGAACAAAUCCACAGUUUCCUACUUCUGGUGUAAGAGUUUUGUGCCCCUGGCUCUUGGGUGUUUAUUAGAUUUGGCAGGUCUCUAUUUGUGCAUUAGCUCUUUGGAGUUUACAGCUUUGGGGAAUAAAGGAUGAUUAUGUGUUUUCUGUACAAAAUGCCACUUUUUAUGGUUUCAGACUGGGGUGUAAUCCUGACUGUACGUGGGGUGUGACACUAACGUGAAUUAAAUGGUAACUGAUGCUCAUU